UUUACGGAGAAUCGAAACCAACAUUUUCCAGUCUGAACUUCUACUGCAAUCCAUGGUCUGUCAUGAAAAUAGUUAUAUUUAUUUUAUAGUCUGAAUUUGAAAAUCUGCAUUACUAUAUAGCAUGUAGUGUUAAGUAAGCAGCCUAACUUACACGUCACCUUAUUUGGAAAGGACCUGUAGGCCUACUCUGUCAGUUGGGAGUAAGUGGAGCUGAAUGCAGUUUUUGUUCUCAUGGUUGUGUAAAAGUGAAAAAGUGAACAGAGAUGGGGGACAAGAAACAAGACUCAGUGGAAAGGCCAGCAGAUGGCAAUAAGAACCAGACGAGUGACUCCCUCCAACAGGUUACAGCCCCUGGAAAUUCCAAGGGGAGAAAGAAGAGAGGAAAGAAAAAGAGGAGUGCCAAGAAGAUGGAGGACAAGGAGGGAGAGAUGGACAAAUUUGCCCCAUUGCAGUCUGUCCUGGUUCAAUCACAAUCAGUGGAAUCUAGCCCAGCCCAAUCCCCAUCAGUGCAAGCUGACCCACCCUUAGGGCAAUCUAAUCGAGAGAAACCUACACCAGAGCAACCUAUCCCGGAGCAACCCAAACCAGAGACACCCAAACCAGCACAACGUAACCCUGCCCAACCACUUACAGGGCAUCAAAACCCAGCCACACCCCCUUCAGCGCUACCCAAUCAAGCCCAACCAGAGCAACCCAAUCCAGUGCACCCUAACCUAUCCCAACCACCUUUAGACCAUCUCUCCCUAACCCAGUCAAAGGACCAGCCAACUGAAGCCCAACCACAUCCAGAUCAGGGUCCUCCAACCCGGUUAUCCACAGAUCAGUCAUCUCCACAACAGUCUUCACCAGAUCAGGCAGAUCCGUCAUCUCCACACCAGUCAUCACCGGAUCAGUCAUCUCCAAACCAGUCAUCACCAGAUCAGUCAUCUCCACAACAGUCAUCACCAGAUCAUCCAGAUCUGUCAUCUCCACAUUUGUCAUCACCAGAUCCGUCAUUUCCACACCAGUCAUCACCAGAUCCGUCAUCUCCACACCAGUCAUCACCAGAUCAGUCAUCUCCAAACCAGUCAUCACCAGAUCAGUCAUCUCCACAACAGUCAUCUCCACAACAGUUAUUACCUAAACAUCCAGAUCAGUCAUCACAGUCAUCUCCAGACGAGGACAAACCUAAGAAAAAGGGAGAUCCAAACAAACUUUCCCUUCUGACCUGGAACAUAGAUGGCCUGGACCUGAACGAUAUCAAGGAACGUCUCUCAAGGCUACUGGACUACCUAAUCAAGUACCACCCUGACAUUGUGCUACUGCAAGAGGUUAUUUCACCAAUUUACCAGGUUUUACAGCAGGUUCUGAAGCCGUAUCAUGUGUUGCCGGGUAGUGACAGAAGCUAUUUCACUGCCAUACUGCUGAGGAAGUCCAGAGUUCAACUUCUGGAGAGUAGCAUAGUGAAUUACCCUACCACAGAGAUGAGAAGAAAUCUGCUUAUGGCCCAUGUUUCUUUCCUUGGCCAUCCAUUGUGUGUGAUGACGUCCCACAUGGAGAGCAUGAAGCCCCAAUCCCUGGAACGCCAGAACCAGCUGAGGACGGUGUGGAAGACAAUGAGGGAGCAGCCCCAGGACCACAGCGUCAUCUUUGGGGGAGACACCAACCUCAGGGACUGGGAGGUGAAGAACCAGGGCGGUCUACCCGAGAACAUCUGUGACGUAUGGGAGUCCCUGGGCCAGCCGGAAGACUGCCGGUACACCUGGGACUGUGUCACCAAUGACAACAAGGACCUCCCUUUCCCCGCACGCCUGCGCUUCGACCGCAUCUUCCUGAGGCAGGCCGGCGAGGGGUCAAAGGUCAGCCCAGAUGGCAUCACCCUGGUGGGCCUGGAGAGGUUGAAUGACUGUCAACGCUUUACCAGUGACCACUGGGGUCUCCUCUGCACCUUCGUCAUAAAACCACUCAGUCAAGCAACACCUGAAUGAUAAAAAGGGAACAGUUAGCUGUCCAUGUCAUGUCAACCUGGAACAGCAUAGAAGUCUUUGCCCAUCUUCUUUAUGUACAUUGGGAGAUUUUGAGAUUUUGACCUAGGAUAGAGCAGGAUUAUGGGCACAGCAAUAGUGAUUAAUGACUUCAAUUUCUAUGUUUGGCAACUGCUGCUGUUCCAAGGCACACUUUUAAUUUAUCCAGCCACAUAUUUGUCUGUGCCAACAGGUUAUGUACCCUAUUCAAAGGCACAUUCAUACUGUCUUUGGACAGAAACUAUAUUGGCUAUAACUAUAUCUGAUAUCACUGUUUUAAACAUCACAGCAUCAAGCCAAUUUCACAAUAAACUCAUUUUGUUCCAGACAGUAA